CGGCGGCGGGCGCCCGGCCGCACACAGCUGCGGCCCCAGCGGGAGGAGGAGAAUGCAAAGUGCCAUGUUCCUGGCUGUCCAGCACGACUGCGGAUCCAUGGACAAGAGCGCAGGCAACAGCCCCAAGAGCGAGGAGAAGAGGGGGAAGAUGAAGCGGACCCUAUUAAAAGAUUGGAAGACCCGUUUGAGCUACUUCUUGCAAAAUUCAUCCUCUCCUGGGAAGCCCAAAAAUGGCAAGAAAAGCAAACAGCAAACCUUCAUCAAGCCUUCCCCUGAGGAAGCACAACUGUGGUCGGAAGCAUUUGAUGAGCUGCUAGCCAGUAAAUAUGGUCUUGCUGCAUUCAGGGCUUUUUUAAAAUCUGAAUUUUGUGAAGAAAAUAUUGAAUUCUGGCUGGCCUGUGAAGACUUCAAAAAAACCAAGUCACCCCAAAAGCUGUCCUCAAAAGCAAGAAAAAUAUAUACUGAUUUCAUAGAAAAAGAAGCUCCAAAAGAGAUAAACAUAGACUUUCAAACCAAAACUCUGAUUGCCCAAAAUAUACAAGAGGCUACAAGUGGCUGCUUUACAACUGCCCAGAAAAGGGUCUACAGCUUGAUGGAGAACAACUCUUAUCCUCGUUUCUUGGAGUCGGAAUUCUACCAGGACUUGUGUAAAAAGCCACAGAUCACCACAGAGUCCCAUGCUACAUGAGCUGAAAAAGGGAGCCCAAAAGUGGAGGACGUUUCAUUUUUUUCCUAAGGGGACAGGCUGUGACCUGCCAAAAAGACUGACCUUGAAUUUAGCCUGGGUGUUCAGGAAACAUCACUCAGAACUAUUGAUUCAGAGUUAGAUAGUGAAUCAGGAAGCUGGUAACUGUCUAGGAGAAGCUUGUAUUCUGACGGCUUCCAUAGCCAUGUCAGAAACACAGGGAGAAAGUGGUCUAAAUGUGGUGUGUCUCACACUGGAAAGAGAGGAACGUGAGGCUAAAAGUUCUCAUAAAAGGUAUGAUACGAUACUGUUGGUCCAAGAGCAUUUAAAAUCAAUAGAUCUGGGAUUAUGUGGCCUUAGCUAGCUGGCUGUAUAUCUUUCCCUAAACCAGUCCAUGUUACCACAUAGUGGUUUUAGUUUUAGUUAUUUACGAGUAAGUAAUAUUAAAAUGUUUACUGUGUGCAAGGGUGUUGAAGUUCUUAUGACUACAGAUCAUCAGUACUGUUAUCUCAUAUAACACUAAAACUGAAAUGGUCUAUGUUUGAAUUGUUAAAUGGUGUGUGUAAUAGAAUGAGUGUUGCUGUGUAGAAAACUACAUUGUCCAUUUUGAGUGCCAAAAAUUGUCCUGAAGGCAGCUAAACUUUGACGUGGUCUUUGAAUACUUUUAAUAAAUUAAUUUUGAUAAUUAAUGUCAUUGAA